AUGGCUGAGGACGAAGGCGAGAUGGAUAAUGGCGGUGUGCUGAUGGAGCAAGAAGAAGCGCAAGUGGACGAAGGGGAAGAGAGGACGCCUUUCUAUGUCCUGUCAGAAGAGGCGAUCGCACUGUUCGCUCGCAGUGAUGAAAGACGAAGAAAGGAGAAGAACAGGCGACGCAAGGAGCAGGCUAGAGCUCGUGAGGAGGCAAAGAAGGCGCGCUAUGCCCGCAAGACAGGAGCCUUCGUCACGCUGAGUACUUUAGCGAGAGGUGAGGCCGGCGGUGCGUCUGAUGAACGGCUCGAACGCGCGCGUCUGUUUGGCACCAAGGGCUUGGACAAGGUCGAGGAGCUCGAGGGAAUGUUGACCACCAUCUACAACCGCGCUUGCGAUCUCAAGCAGCCUGUCGUGUGGCCAUCCAUGCCGCUCAGGUUUGGUUCCUGA